AUGUAUGCAAAUAAAGGCAAAGAAAUUUGUGAGGUGGAUUGUGGCAAGCAUGGCAUAUGUUUAGAUGGCUCAUGCCACUGUGAGAAGGGCUGGGGCAGCCUAAAUUGUGACCAGCAUGAAUGCCACCCACGUUGUACUGAACAUGGAAAGUGUAAGGAUGGCAAGUGUCAGUGCAGUCCUGGCUGGGAAGGAGAGCACUGUACAGUUGCACAACAUUUGGAUAAUGUUGUAAAAGAGGGAUGCCCUGGUUUAUGCAAUGGAAAUGGGAGGUGUACAUUGGAUCAAAAUGGAUGGCAUUGUGUUUGCCAAGGAGGCUGGAGUGGGAUGGGAUGUAAUGUUAUCAUGGAACUGGUGUGCGAUGAUAAGAGAGACAAUGAUGGAGAUGGUUUAACAGACUGUAUGGACCCAGACUGUUGCAAGCAAACAAUUUGUUACACUGGUCAGCUUUGUCAAGGAUCGCCUGACCCUCUUGACCUGAUCCAACAAAGUCAAUUGCCUUUUCCCCUCCAUCCCCCAAGACGCUUCUAUGAUAGAAUAAAAUUCCUGGUUGGGAAAGACAACACACAUGUACUCCCCACUGACGGUCUCUUUGACAACAGCCGUGUGUGUGUCAUUCGAGGACAGGUGGUUGCAGUGGAUGAGACCCCGCUGGUUGGUGUGAACAUCAGCUUUCUGCACCAUGUUGACUAUGGAUACACGAUUAGCCGCCAGGAUGGCAGCUUUGAUCUUGUAGUGGUUGGAGGAAUCUCUGUCACACUUGUCUUUGAGCGUGCUCCUUUCAUCACUGAAAAUCGUACACUCUGGUUACCGUGGAACAGAUUUGUUGUUGUGGAUAAAGUCAUCAUGAAGAGAGUAGAAUCUAAGCCACCUUUCUGUGAUUUCCGUAGCCUUGCUACUCUGAAUCCAAUUGUUCUUCCUUCGCCCCUGACUACUUUUACAGGAUCUUGUCCAGGCAGAGGACCAGCCAUCCCAGAAAUACAAGUUGUACAGGAAGAAAUUGCUAUCCCAGCCAGCUUUGUGAAGCUCAGUUACCUCAGCAGCAGUGCUCCUGGGUAUAAAUCAUUAUUGAGGAUUAUCAUGACUCAUGCAUUUAUUCCAACUGGAUUAAUCAAGGUUCAUCUCAUGAUUGCUAUUGAGGGACGGCUCUUUCAGAAAUGGUUUCCAGCUAGACCUGACCUAGCCUACACUUUCACAUGGAACAAAACAGAUGUUUAUGGCCAGAGGGUUUCUGGUCUCACUGAAGCAGAAGUUUCAGUUGGAUAUGAAUAUGAAACCUGUCCUGAUUUGAUUCUGUGGGAGAAAAGGACAACAAUUCUACAGGGAUUUGAAAAGGAUGCCUCCAAUCUAGGUGGUUGGUCUUUGGACAAACAUCAUGUAUUGAACAUACAAAGUGGAAUACUGCACAAAGGAAAUGGGGAAAACCAAUUUAUAUCCCAACAACCUCCUGUCAUUACAAGCAUCAUGGGAAAUGGUCGUCAACGGAGCGUUGCUUGUCCAAACUGCAACAGCUUGGCACACGACAAUAAACUCUAUGCACCAGUUGCUGUGGCAUGUGGCCCAGAUGGCAGUGUCUACAUUGGGGACUUUAACUUUGUACGCCGGAUCUUUCCAUCUGGAAAUGCCAUAAAUAUUUUAGAAUUGAGAAACCGGGACAUGAGACACAGCCACAGUCCUGCUCACAAGUAUUACCUAGCCGUGGACCCUGUUUCCGGAUUGCUUUACCUGUCGGAUACCAGCAGCAGGAAAGUGUACAGAGUGAAAUCACUUAUUCAAACUAAGGACAUCCUAAGGAAUUCUCUGGUCGUGGCUGGAACCGGAGAUCAAUGUCUCCCAUUUGAUCAGAAUCAUUGUGGAGAUGGGGGCAAAGCAUUUGAAGCCUCUCUCACCAGUCCCAGAGGCAUUGCCGUUGAUAAGUAUGGAUUCAUCUUCUUUGUGGAUGGAACCACCAUACGAAAGAUUGAUCAGGAUAGUGUGAUCACAACCAUAAUUGGCUCCAAUGGCCUAACGUCAACACAACCUUUGAGCUGCGACUCAGUCAUGGAUAUAUCCCAGGUGCGUCUUGAAUGGCCGACUGACCUUGCCGUUAACCCCAUUGAUAAUUCCCUGUACGUGCUCGACAACAACAUUGUACUGCAGGUCUCAGAAACUAGUCGUGUGCGGAUUGUUGCAGGCCGGCCUAUCCACUGCCAGGUACCAGGCAUCAACCAUUUUCCAAUGAGCAAGGUGGCUAUUCACUCUACUCUGGAGUCAGCCAGAGCUAUUGCUGUUUCUCACAGUGGAGUACUGUACAUAGCAGAGACAGAUGAGAGAAAGAUCAACCGCAUACAACAGGUCACUACCAAUGGUGAGAUCUUCAUAUUUGCUGGCACAUCAACAGAAUGUGAUUGCAAGAUUGAUCCCAACUGCAACUGUUUCUCAGGUGAUGGUAGCUAUGCCAAGGAUGCAAAGUUGAAAACACCAACCUCCUUGGCUGUUUCUCCAGAUGGCACAUUAUAUAUAGCGGACCUUGCUAAUAUCCGUAUCCGAGCAGUGAGCAGGAAUAAACCCCGCUACAAUCACUUGAAUGUAUACGAAGUGGCUUCACCAGCAGAUCAAGAGCUGUACCUCUUUAACAUUAAUGGGACCCAUUUGAAUACCUUAAAUCUAAUAACAGGAGACUAUGUUUACAACUUCAGCUAUACCAAUGAGGGUGAUCUUAGCUCCAUCACUGGCAACAAUGGCGAUUCGCUACAUAUUCGGAGAGAUGCUAAUGGCACACCUCUCUGGCUUGUGGUGCCUGGUGGCCAGGUAUAUUGGCUAACUAUCAGCAACAACGGGGCCUUGAAAAGAGUAUCUGCCAAGGGCCUUGACCUAGCAAUGAUGACAUACCAUGGUAACACCGGUCUGCUAGCAACGAAGAACAAUGAAAAUGGCUGGACAACAGUUUACGAGUAUGAUAGUGAUGGCCACCUGACGAAUGUGACUUUUCCCACUGGGCAAGUCAGCAGUUUCUAUCGUGAGGUGGACAAGUCGGUGCAAGUGGAAGCAAACCUUUCCAACAGAGAGAACUUUGCUAUUACAGCCAACUUCUCAGCUACCAAUGCUGUUUAUAUUUAUAGGCAAGAGCACAUUCAAAAUACUUACCGGGUUGGCUCUGACGGCUCUUUGCAAGUCACUUUUGCCAGCGGGAUGGAAUUGACUCUACAGACAGAACCUCACCUCUUGGCUGGAGCUGCAAAUCCAACUAUGGGAAAACGUAACAUCUCGUUGCCUACUGAACACAAUCCAAACAUAGUGGAGUGGAGACAGAGGAAGGAGCAGAGCAAAGGCAACCUUGCUGUCUUUGGAAGGAGAUUUCGGGCUCAUAACAGAAACCUGCUAUCCAUAGACUUUGACCGUCGCACCAGAAUCGGAAAGAUCUAUGAUGACCAUCGAAAGUUUACUCUCAGAAUUCAGUACGACCAAUCUGGACGCCCAGUUCUUUGGGCACCCAGUAACAAGUUCAAUGAGGUCAAUGUCACCUAUUCCCCUAUGGGGCUGCUGACAGGCAUUCAGCGGGGAACUUGGGUUGAACAAAUGGAAUAUGAUCAAAGUGGCAAGAUCGUAUCCAGAGUGCUGGCAGAUGGGAAAAUAUGGAGCUACACUUAUUCGGAAAAGGAAGCCACUUUGUUAUUUGCAAAAUACAUUGGAAGUUGGCUGCAGCUUUUUGGGUUCCAGUUGCACAAUGUUGUGCCUGGAUUUCCAAAGCCAGAAAUGAAUGUCAUGGAAGCAACUUAUGAACUUUUGAAAACCCAAACCAGAACACAAAACUGGGAUCCCAGCAAGAUUGUUUUAGGCAUACAGUGUGAAUUACAAAAGCAACUCAAAAGCUUCAUAUCUUUGGAACGUCUGCCCCAGGCAUACAUAAGGAACCACAAAAACUGUCAAGAUAAACGACCAAGCUUUGCUGCAGUCCCUUCAAUGUUUGGUAAAGGAGUGAAAUUUGCAAUUCAGGAUGCUAAGGUAACUGCUGACAUCAUCGGAGUCGCCAGUGAUGACAGCAGACGAAUAGCUGCUGUUCUGAAUGGUGCUGAUUAUCUGGAGAAUCUCCAUUUUACUAUUGAUGGUCGAGAUACGCAUUACUUUGUGAAGUCAGGGCCCUUGGAAGAAGACCUAGCCAUAAUUGGGAAUACUGGAGGAGGUCGUGUGUUGGAAAAUGGAGUCAAUGUGACUGUCUCUCAGAUGACCUCUGUAGUGAAUAGGAGGACUAGAAGGUUUGCAGACAUUCAGCUACAGUACGGAGCCCUAAGCUUCAACAUUCGUUAUGGUGCCACUAUCGAAGAAGAAAAAGUCCAUGUGUUAGAGAUGGCCAGACAGAGAGCUAUAGCCCAGGCAUGGGCAAAGGAACAGCGCAGGGUGCAAGAAGGGGAGGAGGGUAUCAGAUCAUGGACUGAGGGAGAAAAGCAACAGCUACUCAACAGUGGAAGGGUACAAGGUUAUGAAGGGUUUUUUGUAUUGUUUGUGGAACAGUAUCCCGAUCUUUCCGACAGUGCCAACAAUAUCCAGUUUGUGAGACAGAGUGAAAUAGGAAAGAGGUAACGGUGAAGAAACACCUGCCUUUCAGUCACCAAAGACUGCUUGUUUUUAAGACAUUUGUUGAUUUGCUGUACUCUUUUCUAGAAUGAUAUCCUGUAAAUAUUGUGAUGGAGAAACAAGUCAAUUUUCAAGCUGCCUUCAAAUGUGAUAAAAUAUGGUAUUUUAAUAAUACCCAUGUUUAGCAUUCCUUUUAGUGGUUGGUCCACAGAUCUGGUCCUCAAUAAGUAAU